AUUCGCACGAUCAUGUUUAAAAAAGCAUUGGUACCCUAUCCAGAAGGCUUAAUCGAGGCUUAUUAUUCUCUAUAAAUAGCCUAAUAUUUGAUCAAUUCAUCUACCACUAAAGUUAUAUUCUAAGUCGAUCACUUUGAUCAUGAUGUCUUUGAAGGCUUCUCCGAUUAGGAUUUUUCUCUUUGCUAUGCUAGCUCUGUCUGUCUAUUUUGAGACGGUAUCAGCCCAAUGUAAACCUGAGCAACUUUUUAACCUUCAAUACGCCAAGAGUUGUGCCGGAUGUGAAAAAAAAUGUAUAAGUGUAUGUUCAGAUGUUGGCAGUGGGAUUAUUACGCUUGUGUGCUCAGGGGCAUCUCCUCCAUUUCUCCCAGAUCGGAGUCAUGAAUGCAUGUGUUGUUGCGCACCUAAACCCCCAGUACCAGUCCCAUCUCCACCGGCAGCUCCGUCAAAUAUAUGCAGAACCGGUCAAAUUUAUUCAGAGAUUGUCAUGCCCGGUGAUAAUGAUUGUAGUGUUUGUACAUCUGGUUGCAGAAGUGAAUGUUCGAAAUUGAAGACUAGAUUGGCGAAAGUUUCGUGCAGAAAAGAAGAUUUGUCUUCGUUAUUGUGCGAGUGUUGUUGCAGGAGCAGUACCCCAUCAAUUAUGGAUUCAGUUAUGGAUGCUCUUGGUUACUGAUUAGCUACAGCGGCAGCUAAUUAUAUGAUAUUGGAAUACAAGCAAUGAGCAGCAUGUAAUUCAAUUUUAUCUUUGUUUUCAUUAUGUAAACGUAUGUAUUCUUCUCUUUCGAUUGUAGUACCGAUGGCGAUAUCACAUUUGACAAGGGUUGAUGAAGCUACAUGUGUACCAUUUCAGUUUCAAUCUAAUAAAAUUUUCUCAUUAGGGAAA